UUUCAAACCCUUAGCCAUAAACGAUCUCAACCAAAUGACCCAUUCCCCAACAACGGUGAAACCCGAUCCCUUCAGCUCCAAAUACCCGAUUAUCCUUCAGCCCUUCCCUUCACAAUAUGCUCAAACAAUGGCAAGCAAUAUUGAAUAUUAUAGAACAACAACAACAAUCGUAAAAUCGACCCCAAAUCCAUCGACCCAAGUUCGACCCAUUUUUAACCCGAAAAAAACCCAAAUACAUCUUUUCACCAUCAGUUCGUACGGAUUAUGUGACCCCCACAUGAAUGUGUACAUCGAGGAAUUUCGAACCUUCUAGAACAGUGUUGAGGUGUCCUCCAAUGUUUAAUUUCGUGGAUUUUGGGAUAGGGGUACGAAUCUGGUACACAUUUGGGUGUUUUUUAGUGGUUGGAAGGUGGGAUUCGUUUUUUCCAAUGGUGAUUGGUCCACCUAUUUGGGAAUCAUCCAAGAAUUUGGUACAAAGGGGUACAAUCUGUUAGGGGUAGCCUAAUCCGAGUGAAAUUUUGAAUUACUCUCCUUUUGAAACACCUAGAUUCCCCCCGAAUUUGGAGCCCUAUAUAAAGACCGAUCAGGUCACUGUGAGGGGGAUUUUUUUUUGGUAUUGGCUCUAGGGUUCUAAGAGGGGAAGAAUUGGAGGGUCUAGAAAUUGUGUUUAGGAAAAGCUUUGGGAACUCGAAUUUUGUUUCGAAAUUUAGGUCGAAAAUCGUAGUUGAAAAUCUGGGGGGUCUCUUUCUUUUCUUCAAAGAGGAUUUUGAGGGAGUUUUGUUCUCACUUCUUUUGUCUUGGUGUUCGAAAGAUUGAUGGCUGAUCUAUGUGGUUGAGAUGCUGCUGAUAGGUAGUUUGUUCCCGUUUUGCUGCUCCCCGAAUAGGGAGAAAGUAAACAUACCACCAUUCAUAUCAUUCAUUACCAUAGAAGGUGAAGGGGCAGAUAAUACAAUAAUUCAAUAUGGAGAUACAGCACAAACAAUUGGACCAAAUGGAAAACCUCUUGGCACUUUUGGUUCAGCAACUUUUGCUGUAAAUUCACCUUAUUUUCAAGCCAAGAAUAUUACUUUCAAGAAUACAACACCAGUGCCACCACCAGGAGCAAUAGGAAAACAAGCAGUAGCAACACGUACAGCAGCAUUUGUAGGGUGUAAAUUUUUGGGUGCACAAGAUACACUUUAUGAUCAUUUGGGAAGACAUUAUUAUAAAGAUUGUUAUAUUGAAGGCUCUGUGGACUUCAUAUUUGGCAAUGGCCUUUCUUUCUUUGAGGGAUGUCAUUUUCAUGCAACAACACAAGUGACAGGAGCAGUAACAGCACAAGGAAGGAGUAGUAUGUUGGAGGACACAUGUUUUAGCUUUGUGAAUUGUAAGGUGACAGGUUUAGGUGCAUUGUACCUAGGUAGGGCAUGGGGUCCUUCCUCUAGGGUCAUCUUUGCUUACACUUAUAUGGACAACAUUAUCAUACCUAAAGGUUGGCAUAAUUGGGGUGACCCCCUACGUGAAAUGACUGUACAUUAUGGACAAUAUAAAUGUAGUGGACCAGGUGCAAAUUUUGCGGGAAGAGUUUCAUGGUGUAGGGAAUUAACUGAACAAGAAGCUAAGCCUUUUAUUUCACUUAAUUUUAUUGAUAGCUCUGAAUGGAUUAAUUUUUAAUUAAAAAAUAAAUAAUUUUUUAUUUUUUUUGGUUUAUUUUGUAAAAUCCAUGUAUUUUGUAGUAGUUUAAAGAGGCAUAGAGUAGAAAAAUCUUGGUGAAAAUUAUGAUAAUUUAAA